CAUUCAUUUAGUUGCUCUAAGACCGCCAAGCUGUUUGCAACCCCGGGGUCUUUAUUUUUUGCACAAAAAUAAACAAAAUCUUCUGAAGUUUUUUUUUUUGAAUGCAUUCAUAGCGUUCAUUUAGUUUUUUGACACCUUUAUUUAUAAAAACUGAGAAUGUUUCUCAGAAAUACUAUUAUUCUAGCAAUUGUUAUUAUUGAAUGUUAUCGAAAUGCAAACAGUGAAAGUGUUAAAGAAGUUGAAUUCACAUCUGGUUGGUCGAUAAAAAAUGAAAAUGGCUCUAUUACAAAAGGAAACUUAAAACUACCUUCGGGAAUCUACAGCUCACUUCAUGCAGAAGAUGUUCUUUUGUCUUACAAUGAUGUCAACAUGCGAUGGAUAGCAUACGAUAAUUGGACAUAUUCUAGAACCUUUAAGGUUGAAAAGAGCGAUAUUGAAAAUGUCCAAUUUGUCAAUUUAACAUUCCAUGGAAUCGAUACAAUAUCAACGAUUUACUUAAACGGUGAUGUUCUUGGCCAUACGGACAAUAUGUUUGUCCGAUACACUUUUAAUGUUCGACCACAAUUGAAGGAAGAAAAUUUACUUGAAAUUGCAAUUAAAUCACCAGUGUGGGCAGCUAAGUCGUUUGCAGAUGGUUUCGAAGCCAAAAAUAUGACAAUACCACCAAAUUGUCCGAAUGCACGAUAUCAUGGUGAAUGUCAUAUGAAUAUGUUGAGAAAAAUGCAAGCAAGUUUUGCAUGGGAUUGGGGACUAGCAGCUCCAUCUAUGGGUAUUUGGAAAACUGUUGCAUUAGAAUAUUAUCAAGUGGCUUUGAUAAGAGACAUUGAUGUAGCUGUUUCGAGAAAUACAUCUCACUGGGUGAUGAAUAUUCGUGUCUUUCUCGAAACCGGAGUCAAAAAAGAUUUCUAUGGAGAGUUAACAUUUUAUGCUGUGGAACUUCUUUCGAGUCCUGUUGUUGUGAGCUUCCGAAAUACAACAAUUAAAUAUACAGACCCAGUUGUACAAUUUUUCCAAGCUGUCCCAGUGGAAGACGUUGCACUGUGGUGGCCAAAUGGAUAUGGUGAACAAAAAUUGUACCCUCUUCACUUUACAAUGAACGCAUGGUUGGACAAGCAGGGUCCAAAACCUCGCGAUCGAACAAUAUCACAAAAAUCUAUUCGUAUUGGUUUUCGAACAAUUGAAUUGAUACAAGAUGACUUGGAUGACGGAAACAGUUUCUAUUUUCGUGUGAAUGGUGUUCCAAUGUUUAUGAAGGGUACCAACUAUAUUCCUACACAUAUUUUACCGGAGCUCAGCGCAGAUCAGAAUAGAAUAAGAUUGCUUAUAGCCGGUGCUAAAGAUGCUCACAUGAAUAUGAUUCGUGUAUGGGGUGGAGGAAUCUAUGAGUCUGAUUUUUUCUACGAUCUAGCUGAUUUGAAUGGAAUACUUAUCUGGCAGGAUAUGAUGUUUGCUUGUGCAAUGUAUCCAACUCAUUCACCUUUCCUCGAUUCGGUGCGAACUGAAGUCAUCCAAAAUGCCAAAAGACUAUCUCGUCAUGCAAGUGUAGCAAUUUUCGCUACCAACAAUGAAAAUGAAGUGGCCUUAGCUCAGGAUUGGUAUUCAACCGGAAUCAACCGUGAAAAGUUCGACGAAGAUUAUCGAAAGUUGUAUGUUGGCACAAUCAAUCAUGAACUACGAAUAAUUGCACAUAGUUCUCGACCAGAUCCUUUGAUUUCAUCUCCUUCGAAUGGUGUCAAAGGCGUAGAAGAUCGAUUUAUCUCGAAAAAUCCACAAGAUGAAAAAUACGGAGAUGUUCAUUUUUAUGAUGUCUUUAAGGACUCUUGGGAUCCUGAUAUCUAUCCAAGACCUCGUUUCUCCUCGGAAUAUGGUUUUCAAAGUCUUCCCUCGGUAGGAGCUUGGAAACGUGUCUUGGGUAAGAAUGACAAGAUCCAUGACUUGAUUGAUCAUCGUCAGCAUCAUCCAUAUGGAAUGUUACCGAUCACUAACAUGGUUAUGAGACAUCUUCCAACACCACCGCCAUACGAUGACCCUAAUAUGGAAGCCACAAUCUAUUUAAGUCAAGUUGCUCAGGCAAUGUCUGUGAAAGUCGAAACGGAGCUUUAUAGAAGUUUGCGUGAUACAGAAUAUCGAACUAUGGGUGCACUUUAUUGGCAACUUAAUGAUGUUUGGGUAGCACCAUCGUGGUCCAGUAUUGACUUCUAUGGCAAUUGGAAGAUUCUUCAUUACUGGGCUAAGGAAUUCCUUGCCCCAACAAGUAUAAUAGCUCUCCACGAUUCGCGUUCAAAAUCCAUCAAUUUGACACUAGUUCGUGAUGAUAUUGGGGAUAAAGUUCUAGAAGCUGAUGUAACUAUGAAUACGUUCCUUUGGUCUGAAUUGUAUCCGAAGAAGUCAAUCACGUGGCAAGCUGAAUUGAAACCUAAUUCGGGUCACCUUAACAAAAUCAUUCCAUUGGAUCAGAUCUUCGUUGAUCGAUUCAGCCCAAGUAACUCAUUUGUACAAUUUGUUCUUAGCAGUAAAGCAAAUGUUAUAUCUCGAACUUAUUACUUCCCUGGUACGAUUAAGUCAGCUGUAGGAAUUAAGGAUCCCAAGUUGAAGGUUCAAAUCUCUUCAAGAUAUUGUCGAACUGAGUCAACAUUGAAUAGUUAUAGCUUAUCAAUACAAGUUGAGCAUCCAGCUUUGUUUGUGUAUAUUGAAAUUAUUCAUAAUAGUGUGAAUACUUAUAGACUAUCGAAAAAUGGAUUCAUGCAAGUGGAUCCUAUACAAAUGGUGCAUUUGGAAUUUACAAAUAAAAAAUGUAUUGAAUUGACUACGGACAAUAUUAAAGUGACAACAGUUAAUCAAUAUAUGGUUUGAUAUGAUAAUAAAUUUUGUAUCAAAACAUGGAAA